AUCGUUACGGUCAACUUAUAUUAUAUUUAUCAGUAUACCUAAGAAUGUUGUGGCUAGCGGUAGCGUUUGUGUUGGCUCUGGCUACCAACCAGGUACUAGGAGAACAAGUAACUCCAGGAUUUUUGGAAGACAUUGACAAUAAAGAAGCAUGGGACGCUCGGAUUGUAUCAGGCUGGAAGGCCUAUCCUGGUCAGCACCCACAUAUGGUUUCUUUGCGCAUGGUGAAUAAUGUGGGAACCGUUCAAGCCUGCGGAGGAAGUAUCGUUUCCCGACAGUGGAUCAUCACUGCAGCGCAUUGUACAGCAGCACAAGUGUCGCUCCUCGUUCGGGCCGGUGUUACUAAUCUAACUCGACCAGAAAUUUUUACAGAGACCCAGGAAUAUUAUAUGUAUCCAACUUAUAACCCAACAAAUCCAGGUCUUGUUCAGCCUAACGAUAUAGCUAUGGUAAAAUUGCAGAUUUCAUUAACGUAUUCGCAAUAUUUAAAGCCUAUUCGUAUCCAGUCCUCAGUUGAUGCACACAAAGACUAUGACAACUUAAUUGUAUAUGCAAGUGGAUUUGGUAGAACCUGGACAAACGGUCCCACUACUGAACAUCUCCUCUGGGUCUAUCUCCGUGGAGUCUCAAAUGCUGCAUGCACAAAUAUAUUUACCUCAAAAUACGUUACUGAAAACACCGUUUGCGCCAAAUUCUUCAAUGUUACCUCUCAAUCUAUUUGCCAGGGUGACAGUGGCGGACCUUUAGUGCACGUUUCUUCAGAAAAUGUACAUACCCUCGUAGGAGUGAGUUCAUUUGUAGCAGCGUCACCCAUCGGCUGUCACUCAGGAGUACCCGGAGCUUUUAUUCGUCCUGGAGCUUUCCAUUCUUGGUUCACCCAAAUUUCUGGUAUUGAUUUUGAGAAUCCUGUAGAUGAUAAACCAACUACAACGUCUACUUCCACAACCACAGCCGCUCCAACGACAAAAGCUUCUACGACUACUGUAACUUUCGCUCCGUCUACAACUUCUACUUUCGCCCCUUCUACAACUAGUAGUAGCACUUCCGCUCCGUCUACUACUAGCUCUACCUCCGCCCCUCCUACUACUAAUAUGACUUACGCUCCGUCUACCACUAGCUCUACCUCCGCCCCUACUACCACUAGAAGCACUUACGCUCCGUCUACCACUACUCUGAGCCCUAUCACUACAACUUCAGCACCAUCUACUACAACUGCAGCACCUUCUAGUACUACUUUAUCACCUUCCACCACUUCUUUGGCUCCCACUACACCUACCACACCCGCACCAGAAGAAGAAGACGAAGACGAUGCAGAACUAGAGGACCUUCUCAAGAGAUUAGAAGUGAAAGUAAAAGUUAGGGUCAUAUUAAGUAAAUAUUUAAAGAGGAAGAAGCAAAUACAAGAGAAAACCCUUUAAAUAGAAUUGUUUAUUAUUAAAGUUAUCACAGAAAACUGAACUUCUUGAAACUGGUAGACAAUUUUUUUUCUCGUUUUGCUCCUUAACUGCUUCUGUGUAACGUACUUAAAAGAUGUCAAAAUAAUAAUGUAUUAUAAUUUAUAGACAUGUAUUUUAUAAAAAAAAAAAAUUCACUAUUAUAAUGAAAAUAUUAUUUUAUAUUCCUCAGA